UCCCCAUAUGCACCAUCACAGCUGCAGUGUAUACUGUACAUGACGCGCCAACAUCCUCCUCUUCCUCUCCGCCCUCUUCCCCUCGUCCCUCCCGCUUUCUUCCUCUCCUCGCCACCGUCUUCCCAAAUCUCAGCAGACAGGCGGGAUGGAGGGCAGAGCAUUGAUCGUGGGGUGUCUUCUUGUGAGUUUUGCACUGGGAUGGACGGUGGCCCAGAGUCAGACCAACUAUACCAGGCCCGUCUUCAAAUGUGGAGGUCAUUUGGUGGAGGAUUCUGGCAUCGUGGCCAGCGAGGGCUUCCCCAGUCCGUACAAAAGCAACACUAAAUGCACCUGGUACAUCACGGUUCCAGAAGGUCAUGUGGUCAUGCUGUCCUUCCGCCUCUUUGACUUGGAGGCUGAGCCCACCUGUCGCUAUGACUACCUGGACAUCUACAACGGACACACACGCUUGGUGCAGAAGCUGGGUCGCUUCUGCGGCACGUUCCGGCCCGGAGCGCUCAUCUCCACCUCUAACACCAUGAUGCUUGACAUGGUGUCAGAUGAGGCUACAGCGGGAAGAGGUUUUCUUGCGUACUUCAGGGCCGGGAAGCCUCACGUUGAAGAGAACCAGUUUUGCGGAGGACGCUUGACCAAAUCCCAGGGUUCUGUCCAGACACCCAAUUGGCCCAACUCCAACUACCCAGCAGGCAUCAGCUGUUCCUGGUACAUCUCGGUGGAGCCAGGCAAUGCGAUUGAGCUGAAAUUUGAGAAGCUGGACCUAGAACCAGACACAUACUGUCGCUAUGACUACGUAGCGCUCUUCAACGGCGGAGAGAGGGAUGACUCAAGGAGGAUCGGGAAGUUCUGUGGUGACAGGACACCAGGGACUGUGGUGACCAAUGGGAAUCAGCUCCUGGUCCAGUUUGUUUCCGACCUCAGCGUGACAUCAGAUGGCUUUAUGGCGCACUAUAACAGCGUGCCCCGCGGCUCCCGGACUCCCACCGCCGGGGGCGACUUCAUCCACCGAUCCGAGACCCCCACCACGACACGUAAACCCGCCGUGAGGCCGACCAAGCCCGUCAAAACGACACCCAAACCAAAGCCUGCCGUUCAGCCUAAAGUCACUCCGAAACCAGCAGCAAAAAAACCUGUGGUGAAGAUCCCGUUGAAGCCUCCGCCGCGCAAACCUACCACCAAGCCCUCCAAACCCACCAAACCCACCAAGCCCACCAAACCCACGCCAAAAGCACCAGUGAAGAAGCCUUCUCCCAAACCUGCAGCUAAACCGACGGCCAAGCCCAAACUUAUCAAGCCCAGCGUCAAACCGACACGCAAACCCACACCCAAGACAAAACCCAGUCCCAAACCAUCCAUCAAACCAGUCAUCAAACCAACCAAACCCACAUAUAAAAUCAAAGCCAAACCAACCAUCAAAUCCAAAGUGUCGCCUAAACCAGGCGUCAUCAAGAAGCCCGCUGUCAUCAAGAAACCUUUGCCGCUGAACCCCGCGUGCACGCAACCCUGCAAGAGGACGGGAACGCUGCAGUCCAGUUUCUGUCCCAACGACUUUGUUAUUACAGGAAAGAUUACAGCCAUAACCCCCGGUUUAAGAGGUUCCGCCACAGUGGAGGUGGCUGUCAUCAAGGCGUAUAAGACUGGAAAACUGAACAUCACCAAACCAGGCCCAGCCGCCACCGUCAAACUGACCUCAACCUGCAAGAGAUGCCCAGGGCUGACCAAAGGUCAAAACUACGUGCUGAUGGGAAAGGUGGACGCACAGGGCAAAGGCGCCCUGACCCCAUCCAGCUUCACCCUCCUCUACAAGCCCGUACACGCCAAAGCGCUCGCCACCCUGUCACGCAAAGCAUGCUGACAUCACUGGGACAGCUCCAAACAGCCAAUAUAACAUGAUAUAAUAUACUAUCCAGCAAGAUGCUUGUUUCUAUACCUUCAAGAAAUAAUAAUAAAGCAUACAUUGUGAGUGUAUUUUUUUAUUUUCUAUGUAAAUUAUGUUUAUUCUGUGACUGGAAAAAAUAAUGUACAAUC